AUGCCCGGUUCAUUCUCUCCGUGGCGGCAGCAUGCCGUCAGUUUAAUACCAACACGCAAGCCGUGUGGCUCUCGUGCUGUAACAUCCUUUCUAGGAGCUCUCCAGCUUCCCAAUUCCAGAAGCAAUUCUUCGAGAACGCAUUGCCCCCACCGACAGCAAACCUAUAUCCCGCAUCUACAACCCCGGUCCAGUUCUCCGCGAAAUAUCCGCAGCUACCACUCCAAAUCUCAACCUUCCCCAAACCCUCCAGCCGAUCGUUUUACACCAGAACAAUCCGCCAUUCUCUCCGCUGCGCUGAAAUACGUACCGGAACAUGGGUUUUCCUCUAAGUCUGUCAUAAUUGGGGCCCGGGAACUAGGGUAUUUGGAUGUAUCCUUACAGCUCUUUUCCCGUGGAGCAGAACUUGAAUUGGUAUUGUACUGGUUAGCGAGCAGAAGGGGCUUGCUAAAGGAGAUGGUUGAAAGCGGCGAGGUAUUUGGCAAGAAGGACGUUGCUGCGGAAUCCUUUCCUCCUGCUGAAGUAGACCGACGAGUGAAAGCACUAAUAGUGGAGAGGUUAAAGAUGAACAAGGAGAUAAUACACCACUGGCAAGAUGCUCUUGCUGUUAUGUCUCUGCCAUCGGGCGUUUCUCCAGCUCUCUGCGAACUCUAUGAUCUAUCCUCUGAUAUUUUAUAUCUUGCCAAUGACCGCUCUGUCGAUACGUCGUGGUACACUAGACGAUUAGCUGUGGCUACUAUUUAUGCUAGUGCCGAUAUACAUAUGACGGAAGAUACUUCGCCAGAUUUUCGAUCAACAUUCGAAUUUGUAGAUCGUCGGAUCCACGAUGUCAAUACCGUCAUGGAUACUACCAGUGAUGUGAAACAAUAUCUGGGGUACAUAGCCGGCAGCAUUGUCAAUGUAGGAAGAAGUUGGGGAAUGAAGGUAUGA